AUGGAUGAAAAAAGCGGAACCGUGAUCCCGCCAAAUUUGGUGCAAUGUAAUUUCGUACACUUAUCUGCUGAUAACAUUGAUAUUUUGGAUGAAACGCUGGACGGUAAGAACACGUUUCAUGCCACACAAAUAGCUGGAUGGCAACGUGGGGCAGAAAAUUCGUCGUUACUUGACGGUGUAAAUCCAUCCAAAAAUCGAAGUUUGGAUAUUCCAGAAUCGAUGGACAAGAUUGAAACAAUUGUGGCAAGAAAAAGCAAUCCUGUCUUCAUUAAAGCAGUUAAGACGACGUGGUAUGACCAAGCUGAAGAUAAGAAAGAAUGUAAACAAGCUGCCAAAGCUACUGAUUUGAAGCGGAUGGACGGAGUUUAA